AUGUGUAUACCAUCUAAAAACAUGUUAAUUAAAGUGAGUACUUUUUAUAGUAAAGAGAAAAAUGAAACCGUAGAUGAUAAUCCGUUAGACUUAAUUCCUAAUAACUUUGGAGAUUUAAUGUUUUUAAGAGAGACUAAAAUAUCAUUACCAGAUGAAUUCAAUGGCUUAGAGAGGAUUUGUUUAAGUGCUAAUGGUAAUUUACAAAGGAUUUUAAGUUCAUGGUUUAACAAAUCUAUAACAGUACAAAUUAUAAAAAAUAUUAGUGUCCCUAUUGUUCGUCAGGAAUCUUCUGCGCAUGGUAAUCAAAUUUUACAAAAAUUUGAUCGGGAAGUCAAUCUUAUAUGUGAGGGUAAAAUAGUUUGUAAUGCCUUGCCUUCUUUUCAAUUACAAUCUGUUGGAAGAACUGCAACUUCUUGGUGGAGAGAAUAUACUUUAAAAAUCAUGAGCGUUGAAUGUAAAAUUAAAGAAUAUUUUCCAAAUGGAAUGUUCGAAAAUGGAUGGAUUGAAAUUGAGUCAAGUAUUUCUAACAAAAAAGAAAAACUUAAUGGUGAAAAUAAA